CGAGACACCGAGAGGCGGGAGGAGACGAGUGACAGCGAAGGGGCACGAGGCGCGCCGGUCUGCGCGCGGGUCGUACAGGCGGGCGGGGGUGGGCGCCGACGCCCCUCGGCACGCACUCGGCACCCGGCCCUGCAGGAAGCGCGCGCUGAUUGACAGCUGCGUUGUUCCAAAAAGGCUCGUGGAAGAUGCUGAUCUGCGGGUGGGUCUAGACGCGCAGCAGGCGCGCCCAGUGCCCGCUCCCCUUCGCCCGCUUCCCGAGCCCCGCAGCCUCCCCGCUGACGAGGAGCGGGGUUGAGGCCCCCGCCGGCGCGCCAGCCCCGCGACCCCGGCCGGCCAGGCACUCGCAGCCGCGCUCGGGCCGGCGGGCGCUCACCCCGGCUCACCAUGCACUGCCACGCCGAGCUGAGGCUGAGCUCGCCCGGCCAGCUCAAAGCAGCCAGGCGGCGCUACAAGACUUUCAUGAUCGACGAGAUCCUGUCCAAGGAGACCUGCGACUACUUUGAGAAACUUUCCCUCUACUCUAUGUGCCCGUCGCUGGUCGUGCGACCCAAGCCCCUGCAUUCCUGUACGGGCUCCCCUUCCCUUCGGGCAUAUCCUCUCCUCUCGGUGAUCACGCGACAGCCCACGGUCAUCUCCCACCUGGUCCCCACCGCCCCUGGAAUUGCCCGGGCGCUCUCCCACCACCCGGCCGCCGAGGCUGCAUCUGCUGAGACCCCAGGCAGUGAGGCUCUAGCCAGCAGCGAGUCGGAGACGGAGCAGCCCGUACCCCGGCAGAAGAAGCCCCGUCGAAGUCGCACCAUCUUCACUGAGCUGCAACUCAUGGGCCUGGAGAAGAAAUUCCAGAAGCAGAAGUACUUGUCCACCCCAGACAGGUUGGACUUGGCCCAGUCUCUGGGACUCACUCAGCUGCAGGUGAAGACUUGGUAUCAGAAUCGCAGGAUGAAAUGGAAGAAAAUGGUUCUUAAAGGUGGACAGGAAGCACCCACAAAACCCAAAGGUCGUCCCAAGAAGAACUCCAUCCCCACGUCAGAGGAGAUUGAGGCUGAAGAGAAGAUGAACAACCAGGCCCAGGGCCAGGAGUGCCUGGAGCCCUCCCAGGGACAGGAGGAGCUCUGUAAAGCCCAGGAACCCAAACUGCACACUGUCCCCUUAGAGAUGGCAGAGCCACCAGGCCAGCCCCAGGAGUUACCAGCAGCCUCUUCAGAACCCGCCCCCCAUUAAGCUAAACUAGAACUUUUUGUGGGGGAAGGGGGAGACUGGGAAGAAGGGAAAAGAGAGAAGGCAGGGGGAUCAGGGAGAGAACAAGUUCCAACAGCCUGGGGAACCGGGGAGACGAGCUCCGCCACCUCCUCCUCCCUCCCACAGUCCUCAGUGGCAUUUUCAUCACCAGCAUCCUGCUUGUCUUGGCCUUUCUCUUCCUGGAAGGCUGCUUUAGCCACGGACGCCCUGGAUUAAGGGAGACAGUGCCUGGGAGCUGCGUGCCCCCGCUGGGGUGAUGGCUUUGGGGCAGGGGACAAGCAGCAGGCCUGUGCUGCAGAGCCAGGCCUGGCAAUCGGAGGUUGCCCCGCUGUCACCAUCACCGGCCAGCCCCAGGCAGCCAGGCGUCGGUGCAGAGAGAUGCCGAGGUGCUCGGGCCCCACGCCCAGGUCCGCUGCUGACUCAGCACUCAUUUCUGUAGCUUUAAAAGAGAAUUUAAUGUUUUGGGGGUUUUGGGGGGGGGUUGGUGAGGGCAGGCAAAGAAAGAGUUGGAGGAAGGGAGUCCAAGUUAUUAGACAUGUUUCUGAAUCAAGUCUGUUGUUUGAAGACCCGUGUGCCUUUGUACCCAUCGUAAGACAUCAGGUGACCUGAGAGCUGAGAAGCUUUGCUUUCCUUGCUUUGCUACGCUGCCAUCGCUGAAGCUGCAAUGCAGAUGUGUUAAGAUAACUUUUAUUUUUUAAUUAAAAAUAAAUCAGAA